GAGAUGAUGUACAGUAUAUAGAGAGUAACAGGACGUGUUUUCUCUGAUGCUACAGACCUCUGAAGGAGUGAGACAAUUCAAAGGACUGUUAAACAAGUUCAAAAGGGGCACAGCAUGGUGACUCUGUCCCUCUUGUCCCUCUGUCUCCUCUCCUUGUUGGGGGUCAGAGGGGAAGUGGCUCCAAAUUUCGACAACUGCAAAGCUUCUUUCUUCAAAAUGACACCAGUUACCGGUCUGAAUAUAGCUCUCCCCACUCCGAUCGAGCCCGACACACAGGGCUUAGUGAAUCCUGCGAAAUGUCUCUCUGCUUACAAUGCUGCCUCUCCUGCAUACAUCUGUCAGAGAAACGGUAACAACUAUUACUUUGCCACUCUGUAUGACCAUGGCAGGAGGAUCCCUCUGUACUCUGCCUAUCAAAUGGAUAUCGAAGGGGUCCCUGGCAGAGAGGGGUCCAUAGUUUAUUAUGAACCCCAGCUUGUGCAUCCUGACCUACCACCACAGCAAAUGGAUAAGAAAGGAUCCUUGAGUGAGAUCAAGAAAUACAAUCAAAACAAUGAAUGCUUAGAACGCUCUCCACAAUACCGACAGAACUACAAGCUGGGCUGGAGUCAGGCUCUCGAUGACAACUUUGGCUCGUAUGACCGCGGGCACCUAAACCCCGCAGGACACCAUAAAGAAGAUGCAUCCAAAGCCACCAUGACCCAUACCAACGUAGCUCCGCAAGAUGGGAAGAUGAACAAGGGGCCGUGGAACCUGUACGAGAAGAAGCUGAAGGAUGUUUUGAGUGCAGGCUGUAGUAAGAUGUAUGUGGUGACUGGGGUGGUCCCAGGUGACACGUGGGUAGACCAGAACAAGCGAGUCAAUGUUCCGAGUCACUACUGGAAUGCCUACUGCUGCACCGACAACAACGACAAACCUCUCAGGUCUGGAGGUGCCUUGGGUCCUAACACAGCUCUCAGUGUUGUUACAGAGUAUAACUCUGUUACAGACAUUGAGACUGAGCUUAGAGGGCUUCUGAAAGUUGGCAACAAUUUCAACAUUUUUAUUGGCUGUGCCUGAGAAGAAGUUUGAAAACCCCUAAUUUAGGCUACAUCAAAAAUUUUAAACAUAUCCCUGACCAUAAAUAUUGUCCUAUUGAUCAAAUGUGUUGAAAAAGUGUAUUACAAUUUCAAAACGUAUCCUUUGUAGUAAUUAUUCUUAAAGCGUAUAUUUGCUUCUUUGGUCACACACAGAGUUGUGCAAUCACCUCUUUGUGAAUGCUUGUUGCUAUGAAUCUAUAACCCAAUAAAGCUUGUUUUGUGAAAGUAGGAAA